UCCUAACCUCAUUCAAAAUUGAAAUCAUAACACUGUGGUAAUUUUAAGACUGUUAUUGUAAUUUGUAACUGUUUUUAAAAGUAUUUUAUUAAAUUAGUCAAUAUGUCAGUACCUUUGUAAUUAUCGUGCUUUUUAAAAUUUAAUUUACAAUUAUUACAGCCACUUAAAGUGAUAAGAUAAUGUUUUAACCUGAAUAAUUUUAAGAUAAACGCCCUCCAAUUAAUGUGAAUACUCAAUAAAUAAUUAACCACAGUAAUGCUUUUUGUGUGAAAUACUGCAAAAUAUAACAACUGAAACGUGCAGAAUGUCCCAACUGUUGGAUAAAUUACGUAAAUUUGAUGCCUAUCCAAAAACAUUGGAAGACUUUAGAAUUAAAACAUAUGGAGGGGCAGCAGUGACCAUUAUCAGUGUUACAAUUAUUAUUUUAUUGUUUUGGACUGAGCUCAAUGACUAUUUAAAGCCUAAUGUAAGAGAAGAUUUGUUUGUGGAUACUUCAAGAAAUCCCAAUCUCCAAAUCAAUUUGGACAUUGUAGUCCCUGGUAUCUCAUGUAGCUUUUUAUCUCUUGAUGCAAUGGAUUCAUCUGGAGAACAACAUUUACAAAUUCAACACAAUAUUUAUAAACGUAGAUUAGAUUUAAAAGGGAAUCCUAUUCAGGAACCUGUUAAGGAAGAAAUUACAGUUCGGGUUAAAGAGGAAACUACAAUAAAAGCUACAAAUGAAUCUGUAAAAUGUGGCAGUUGUUAUGGUGCAAAAGAGGGUUGUUGUAAUACGUGUAGCGAAGUAAGGGAGGCUUACAGGGAAAAACGUUGGGCUUUCCCAGAAAAUCCGGAAUCUAUUGAGCAGUGUAAAGGCGAAAAUGCAAGCGAAGUAACAAAAGAGGCCUUAAACGAAGGCUGCCAAAUUUAUGGCACUUUAGUAGUCAACAGAGUCGCUGGAAGGUUUCAUAUUGCGCCCGGUAGCAGUUUUAGUAUUAACCACAUACACGUCCACAACAUACAGCCAUUGGCUUCGUCGUCUUUUAAUGCAAGCCACAAAAUAAAUAGUUUAACAUUCGGCACUAAUAUUGAUGGUCAAGCUCAUGAUCCCCUGAAAAAUACAUUUGCCAUUGCUAAGGAAGGUGCAACUAUGUUUCAGUACUACAUAAAAAUAGUUCCAACGCAAUAUGUUAAAAAAGACGGUUCAAUAAUUUGGUCUAAUCAGUAUUCCGUCACGAAACAUCACAAGGUAAUUUCUGUAAUGUCUGGAGAAUCAGGAAUGCCAGGCGCUUUUUUUGAGUAUGAACUCUCACCCCUCAUGGUAAAAUAUACCGAAAAUGAACGCUCUUUUGGUCAUUUCAUGACGAAUUUAUGCGCAAUUAUAGGCGGAGUUUAUACAGUAGCGGGGCUCAUAGAUUCUUUAUUUUAUAAUUCCAUGAGAAUUUUAAAGAAAAUUGAAUUAGGCAAAUUACAUUGAUGUGAAUAAUUUAUGUAGUAGUAUUUAUUUUCAACUAUUAUGUGGGUUUUAUAAAAAAAAGGUCUAAAAUUACUUAUUUUAAUAUGGUCAGUUGUUUUAAAUGAAGUAUUACAGUUGUUUCGAUUAUAGAUAAUUAAUUUUUUAUUGAUAACUUUUCAAUUUUUACUUGAAAAUAAUUGGGUUGCCAAUCGUUAGGCAUCUCUAUAUUAUAUUACCUUAUUAACUAAAAAUCCUGAUAAAAGACGUCUCUAAAGCAAUUUUAAAUUUUAUCUAUCAAUUGGCGUGUAACUGUUAUUAAAUAAAUAUUAUCAUUUAAUUAUUUAAAUGUAACUGUGAUUGAUGGGUUUUUUUAUAUCGCUGUGAUUCCUAAAUAUCUUUUAUAUUUGAUUGUGAUUUUCCUUAAAUCCCAUAAAAUAAAAUUUGUACUUGACUGUGA